CAUACAUACACGACGUGGCCCGUUAGAAACGAAUAAAGGAGCCCUUAACCCUGUUGGGGUCAAAAACCCUAGCGCUAUUAAUCAACAAAGACGACCACACUAUUCUCUUUGCUGGAUUCUACUCUUCCAUACCUCCUUACCAGUUUUUUCCCAGUGUUUAGUCCAUAUUUUGUAAUGGCUGGUCGACGGGAUAGCUACGGGAAACGGUCUCAUUCUCAGUCAGAUUAUGGUGAAAACGGGUCAAACAAAAGGAGAAGUACUAGAAAUGAUAAGGAUCCUUUCUCUAUUGGCCCCGAUGACACAGUAUAUCGAUACUUGUGUCCAGUAAAGAAGAUUGGCAGUAUCAUAGGUAAAGGUGGGGAGAUUGUUAAACAAUUAAGGGUGGACACUAAAGCAAAAAUUAGAAUUGGUGAGACAGUACCUGACUGUGAUGAGCGUGUUGUCACCAUCUACAGCUCAAGCGAAGAAACAAAUGAGAUUGAUGGCUCUGAAGAUCGUGUUUGUCCAUCUCAGGAUGCCCUUCUUAGAGUAUAUGAUAAAAUCAUUAACGAUGACACUAUGGACGAGGACUCUGACGGAGCAGCACAGGUUACUGUUAAGCUUCUAGUACCUUCAGAUCAGAUUGGAUGUAUUAUUGGAAAAGGGGGACAGAUAGUUCAGGACAUUCGAAGUGAAACUGGCGCUCAGAUUCGUAUUUUGAAAGAUAGGCAUUUGCCUGCAUGCGCAUUGAGCUCAGAUGAACUUGUGCAGAUAUCUGGUGAAGUUGCUGUAGUGAGGAAGGCUCUCUAUGAAAUUGCAACUCGUCUUCACAAUAAUCCAUCCCGUACUCAACAUAUUCUAGCCUCUGAUGCACCAACCGUCUACUCUUCGAGCAGUUCACUUAUAGGUCAUGCUGGUGGUGCUCCAAUAGUGGGAAUAGCUCCGUUAGUGGGGCCGUAUGGGGGUUACAAAGGGGAGAGUGGUGACUGGUCAAGGUCUUUCUAUACAGCUCCAAGGGAUGAAUCAUCUUCAAAGGAAUUUUCUCUUCGUCUAGUGUGUCCUACUGCAAAUAUUGGGGGUGUUAUUGGGAAAGGUGGUGUUAUAAUAAACCAAAUUAGACAAGAGUCUGGUGCAGUAAUCAAGGUUGAUAGUUCUAACGCUGAAGGUGACAAUUGUGUGAUUUCUGUUUCUGCAAAAGAGUUUUUUGAGGACACAUAUUCUCCCACAAUUGAAGCAGCAGUGCGCUUGCAACCAAGGUGCCGUGAGGAAGUGGAACGGGAUUCAGGUCUUAUAUCAUAUACCACAAGGUUGCUGGUUCCGGCAUCUCGAAUUGGCUGUCUUAUUGGGAAAGGAGGAUCCAUAAUUAAUGAGAUGAGGAAAAUCACGAAAUCUAAUAUUCGCAUUCUCUCGAAAGAAGACCUUCCGAAGGUUGCAUCUGAAGAUGAUGAGAUGGUUCAGAUUUCAGGAGAUCCCGACGCCUCAAAGGAUGCACUCAUGCAAGUAACAUCACGUUUAAGGGCAAAUUUUUUUGAAAAAGAGGGGCCCAUGUCUGCUUUUGUGCCAGUUCUUCCCUACCUCCCCAUGUCAACAGAUUCAGAUACCUUGAAAUAUGAAAACAGAGAUACUAGGAGACAUGCACGUGAACAUUCCUACUCAACUGCGUAUGGUGGUGCUAGUGAUCUUCCACAUGCUGAUGGUUUUGGAAGUUAUGGUACUCUCCAGAGUAGUAGUAGUGUAGGAUAUGGGGCAUAUGAAGGAUAUUCCCCUGCUUAUCCAAAAGAAGGAUAUUCCCAUGGGCGUUCCGGUGGAUCUGGGUCUUCAAGGCAAAGCUCUGCUCCCCGGAGAAAAAGUUAUGGUUACUAGAGCUUGUAACUGGACCACAGCCGAGAUAUCUGAAGCCUGAAGCCAGCCUACUGUCACCUUUGAUGAAGCCUCAUGCCUAAACCAGAUGACCAGAUGAAUGCGGACAUUGAAAAUCAUUGCCUACCUUGAUGUUUUCCCUAGCAGGACCAUAUCCGAAGAUUUUACCUACUAUCAAAAUUUGCCAUGCCCUGAUACCAUAUAUUUCCGAGCUCAAACCAAGAACCUGUGUCGCCAGCGGCCUCAUCCUUUCUUCCCUUUUGUAGUUGUACUAUAGAUGAAUUCAACUCUCAAAUCUCGGCCAUGUGUCCUGAUGUCUUGCUUUCAGUUUAUUGUUAUUUGUAUGAAUCUACUGUUAGUUGGACUUGCCUUUUUGAUGUUCUAGAUGCUAGACCUGGUGCAGAUUUCCGAGUGUCUUUCUACUUUUGGUUAUGAUGCAAUGUUGGACAGGAGCCCUUUCAAAAUAUCUUUAAACUAUUGCUAUGUUGCUUACUAGAAA